ACGUGGUCCGUCCUGCCAGGCUGUGUAAUGUCAGUGUAGUACUUUGUACUCGUAAAGUACAUAUUGUACUGUAUUCAUGGUAUAGAAAUACAUUUGACCAAUCCCGCGGUUCCUUCCUGCGGUUACUGUGACCCUAAAACUGCUGUGAUGGGCCGCUCGUCCAAAGACAAGCGGGACAUUUACUACCGUCUGGCCAAGGAGGAGGGCUGGAGAGCUAGGAGCGCCUUCAAACUGCUGCAGCUCGACCAGGAGUUUAACCUCUUUACUGGUGUUCGGAGAGCGGUGGAUCUGUGUGCCGCUCCAGGGAGCUGGAGUCAAGUUCUCAGCCGUAAACUCAGAGCAAGCGAGGACAAGAAAGGGGAGACGAGGAAUGAGGAGGUGAAGGAGGAGAGGAAUGAGGAGGUGAAGAAGGAGGAGGAGAGGAAGGAGGAGGAGAGGAAGGAGGAGGUGAAGAUCGUGGCGGUGGACCUCCAGGCCAUGGCCCCCCUCCCAGGGGUCACCCAGAUCCAGGGGGACAUCACCAAGGUGUCCACCGCUCAGGAGAUCGUCCGCCACUUCUCCGGCCAGCCCGCCGAUCUGGUGGUGUGUGACGGCGCCCCUGACGUGACCGGUCUCCAUGACGUGGACGAGUACAUCCAGGCCCAGCUACUGCUCGCGGCUCUGAACAUCACCACUCAUGUUCUGAAGCCUGGAGGUACCUUCGUAGCCAAGAUCUUCCGGGGGAAGGAUGUCACCCUGCUGUAUUCCCAGCUCCGAGUCUUCUUCAGCCAGGUGACCUGCGCCAAGCCGCGCAGCAGCCGCAACUCCAGCAUCGAGGCCUUCGUAGUGUGUCUGAACUACUCCCCCCCUGAGGGCUACGUCCCCAACAUGUCCAACCCUCUCCUGGACCACUCGUACGACGUAGAUUUCAACCAGCUGGAGGGACCCAACCGGAUCAUCGUCCCGUUCCUGGCCUGCGGGGACCUGAGUGCCUACGACUCGGACCAGACCUACCCCCUCCAGCUGGACGCCAGCCAGGAGUACCGGUACACUCCCCCGACCCAGCCCCCCAUCAAGCCGCCCUAUCAGCAGGCCUGUUUGUUGCGCAGGAACAACCUCCUUGCUAAAGAAGACUCCCUCCCAUUGGCUCAGGAAGACUCCCUCCCAUUGGCUCAUGAAGACUCCCUCCCAUUGGACAAAACUCUAUUAUCCAUGCACCUAUGUAGUCCAGCCGACCCCCUGUGACCUGGGGGGCAGGCUUUGGGCUGUAGGGGGUCUAGGAGGGUUCCUACAGCGCAUUCUUGUCUCUUUCCGGUAGGUUCUCCUGGAGAAAUGGAGGAAUUACAUCACCGAAUGUGUUUGUAUCCUCAGUUUUAUUGUUGUUCUAUUUUAAAUAUGUACCCUAAAGGUUUCAAUGGAUCAACUAACCAGCUACAGAGGGUUAGCUCCAGUGCUACACAGGUUAGCUCCGGAGCUACCAGCUACACAGGUUAGCUCCCAUGCUAAACUCUGAAGCUGGUCAGCUCACCAGUUACACAGGUUAGCUCCGGCACUACACCAUGUGUAGAUGGGUCAACAACUAAAGCGGGUCAUCAGCUGAUCCCGCCUGCACGGUCGUCAAUAUAAUAAAAUAUGAUUUUUU